AUGUGCAGAGAAAAAUCCUUGUCCUGCUCUAUGGAAUCAUUCUUAUGUUUUCUCCAAAUAUUUAUGGUAAUUCUUCUGUUACUACAGCAUCAACAUCAUCAAACAUGUGAUGCAGCUACUAUUACUAAUAACCAAACAUCUUGUCCACCUUCUUCAUGCGGCGAAAUCACAAACAUAAAACAUCCAUUUAGGCUUAAGAAUGAUCCAACAUCAUGUGGUGAUCCAAGAUACGAGUUAUCCUGCGAAAACAACAUGACAAUGUUAACUUUGUUUUCGGGUAAAUACUAUGUGAAAGCAAUCAACUACAAAAACUACACAAUUCGGUUUGUUGAUCCCGGAAUUCAAGAGGAUGAUUGCUCCUCCAUUCCUCACAAUUACUUAUACACUUCUAAUUUCACAAGUUAUUACCGUUACCUGGAGGAGGAUCCAUAUGAAACCAAACAGUACAGAAUAAUUAGUGAUAAUAGUACUAGAGGAUUACCAAUGUUCCAGCAUGUAAUAUACAUGAAUUGUAGCAAUCCUGUACGAGAUGAUCCUGCAUACGCGGAUACAGCUUCUUGCAUCAAUGGCGGUCAUGUUUAUGCCAUUGCUGGGGAUUUGAAGGUUGGUAACUUAAAAGACGAUGACUGCCACGUGGAGUUUGUUACCGCGAUAUCUUAUUUCGGUUAUAAUUACAGCUCUAGUUAUUGGGACAUUCCGAAUCAAAAGUCUUCGUACAGUGAAAUUCAUAGGAUGUUGGAGGGUGGAUUUGAAGUAUCUUGGAUGAGUAAUCCUUGUGAAGAUCUUUGUGGAGAGCCAGAUUGCUAUUUAAGUGAAAUAACUUGGAGCCUUGAAUGCCCGACUGAUCAAUGUAUAACCAAGUUUGGAUUUCACAUCGAUUUUUUCUUUGCAAAGUUGAUACAAACAUAUCGAACAAGGCAUACAUCAAUGUAUGAAAACAUCGAAUAUUUUCUUCAAGUGAAUUCCCUUAUGCCUAUAAGGUAUUCAUACAAAGAGAUAAAGAACAUGACUAGAGGCUUUAAGGACAAGUUGGGUGAAGGAGGCUAUGGUACAGUUUAUAAGGGAAUGCUUCGCAGCGGGCCUUUGGUAGCCAUAAAGAUGUUGGGGAAACCUAAGGGUAUUGGAAACGGACAAGAUUUCAUUAAUGAAGUUGCAACUAUAGGAAGAAUACAUCACACCAAUGUGGUGCGACUUAUUGGAUUUUGUGUUGAGGGAUCAAAACGUGCUCUGGUUUACGAUUUUAUGCCCAAUGGCUCUCUUGAUAAAUACAUUUCCGCUACAAAAGAUCACAUUUCCUUAACAUAUAAGCAAAUGUACGAGAUAUCUCUUGCAGUGGCUCGUGGAAUUGCUUAUUUGCAUCAAGGUUGUGACAUGCAAAUUUUACAUUUUGAUAUCAAGCCCCAUAACAUACUUCUUGACAAGGACUUUAUUGCCAAAGUUUCAGACUUUGGUCUUGCAAAACUUUAUCCUCUUGACAAUAGCAUUGUAACUUUGACGGCCGCAAGAGGGACGGUUGGUUACAUGGCUCCAGAAUUGUUCUACAAAAAUAUUGGCGGAGUUUCCUAUAAGGCUGAUGUAUAUAGUUUUGGAAUGCUCUUAAUGGAAAUAGCAAACAGAAGAAGAAAUUUGAACUCAAAUGCAGAUAAGUCAAGCCAAAUUUUCUUUCCCUAUUGGAUUUACAAUGAAUUGAUUGAAGAAAGGGAGAUAGAAACAUUGGGAAAAGCUACCGACGACGAAAAGAAAAAUGUGAUAAAGAUGUUCAUUGUUGCUUUAUGGUGUAUACAAUUGAACCCCAGUGAUCGCCCUUCAAUGGACAAAGUAAUAGAAAUGCUCGAAGGAGCAACUGAAGACAUUGACAUUCCUCCAAAACCUUCUCCAUAUCCAUCUGAAAUUGUUCAAGAUAAUGAAAUUAGCUCCAGUGAAUCUGCAUCGGAUGAAGAUGUCACCGGCUCGAUUAGUUUUCUUGAGGAAACUACAGAAGAUCCUUUGCUGUAGUACUAAACUACUAGUGAUAGCAAUUACUAGAGAUUUGGUGUUUUUUAUUUCAUUAAGAAUUUAAAUUUCACAUAAGAAUUGCAUACAUAUGUGUUAUUUCUUAAUUUGUUGUCACUUCUGAUUGUGA